AAUUAUCCCAAGCCAAUUCACGAAAAAACAACAGUAAUACAAGCUUUGAUCAAAACCAGCGAAUUCUUUAUUAUAUCCCUCCUCUUUGUACAAACUCCUAUUCAGGACCUUGAGCGCAUGCUUUCCAGCAUAGCUGCGCACAAGUUGGCAACGCAUGACGUAGCAAACGAGAGAGAGCUGCGCCGUCUCAAGAACCCAACUUAACCCAUUGCUCCCACUGCCAUGAGUCGUAAACCCGGCAAAUCGCGUGCUGUCGCCAGCAACACCUUUACAAGUUUUGGAUCCAAAACCUUUGGCGCCUUCUCAGCUGCUUCCAGAGGUGCCGAUCUAUCCUACUUAGCCGAACCACCAGAUCUGUCCUCCAUUUCCAAUGCCAAUGUUGUCGUAUCCCUCAAGAAUCUGCAAAAGAAAGAUGCUACAACCAAAGCAAAGGCUUUAGAAGAAUUGGUGUCCUAUGUUCAAGCCCAUCCACACGAUAAGGAUGGAGGGGUAGAGGAGCCCAUCUUAGAAGCUUGGGUCCAGCUAUAUCCUCGCAUCUCGAUUGAAAAUGCCCGUCGCGUUCGCGAACUUUCCCACAUAUUGCAAUAUGAGUUAAUGAAGUCCGGUCGCAAGCGUACAGAAAGACAUGUGCCGAAGAUUGUGGGCUCUUGGCUUGCUGGUACAUUCGAUAGGGAUAAGGUAGUAUCUCGUGCGGCCGCGGAAGGACUGUCUUCCUUUCUCACAACCCCGGAGAAAGUGGUUCAGUUUUGGAAGCGGUGUCAACCACAGAUCCUAGACUAUGCGUCUGGCGCUAUAAGGGAGACUGCAGAAACUCUUAGCGACGAGCGAUCCACAAGCGCCGACGAUGCCGAGGCCAAAUCCUAUCGAGUUCUAGGAAGUAGUCUUGCGCUAGUCCUAGGUCUCUUACAGAAGCUUGAUCCUCCGGAUCUUGAGAAGUAUCAAGACGAUUACGACCAAUUCUUCGAGCAGGAUAAGGUCUGGAAGGGUGUGUCCAUGAAUGAUAUCGUCGUAAGACAGUUGUCUUGUCAACUGUUGACCGCAUGCCUUGAGAAACGGCCAGGCAGAAUCGAAGCGGAUCUCGGCCGACUUAGUAAAAACUUUGUCGCCGAAGGCUUGACGAGUAGUCAAGUUGGUUCCGCAGCCAGUUAUGUUGACGCACUGACUGAAUUGACUGCUAGACAUCCAACAGUCUGGACUUCUGAAUAUCGGGGAAAGAAAUCACUGGCCUCAAGGCUAAGGGCCUUUUUGGAGAAAGGUUCUCAAGGUGCAGGACCGAAGUUUUGGGUCGCGCUCAAUCGCCUGAUAGAAGUAAUACCGGCCGACAUACUUCCGAAAGAUCUGGACAGCUCCUUGGACUUCUUAAAAUCUAUGAGGCUAGGGUUGACCAGGAGAGAGGAACCCCGAAGCAGUGCUAUUGAUGGCUGGUCGACGUAUCUCAAUGCUACCAAAAACUUCAUCAAGGCAAUGAGCUCUGGUGAUGAUAGGAUUAAGAUAGUGCAAGAAGAUAUAUUUCCUCUGAUUGCGCAUUAUUUCAAUCCGACCCCUGAAACAUCGAUAUGGGCAUCUGGAAGCCAGGUACAGAUUCUAAUCAGAGCAUAUACAUCGACAGCCACUUCGCCAUUUGAGAAAGUAAUAGCAGCUACAGACUCAGAAUGGGGCCAAUGGAAAGAAAACUUUAGAGCCCGCAUCCGCAACUCGUUACCCGAGGCGUCGAAGGAGCAUGAAAAGUCGCAGAAGACCAUAGCCGACGAGGGAGAUAGAUGGUUUACUUUUACGGGUUUAAUCUCGGACGCCCAUGAGAGAACACAGGGGACCGACCGUCCCAUCCCAGAUAUACCUGCCAAGUAUUCCUUAGAGUUACUCGAGGAUAUCUUCAAAUUGUUAGAAACAAGGAAAUGGAAACCUUUCGGAGCAGCAGCUACUGUGGAAUCUGCUUUCAAGCAGGCUCCGCGUCUUUUUAGGCAAUCCUCUACUACUACAAGCAAUGUAUUUGACUACCUCACAAACGCGUUACAAAGUAAUGGAGUCGAAUUCCUUCAGUCGCCCGCUGCACCAUACAUUUUCUCAGUCAUCAACCUAUUAGGUCGUAUUCCCGAACAGAAGCAGGAAUACGAGAAAAUCUGGAAGACAAACAUCACAGCCCUUCUAGGGUAUAUCAAUGACACUGGUGCUUUGCCAGCCCUCACUACGAUCAUUUCCACCAAUGACGCCAGUGCUCUUGCCCGGCAGGACCAAGUCUUACAAGCGGAAUUAAUAAAGCUGUGUUUGAUGUGUGCUGUAGGCACCGUUAAUUUAGGUUGGAACCUUUUUGAUGCGGUAUUGACAUUUGAUACUUUGACAGACGCUGCCGCAACUCGACUUGCCAAAGAACUUGGAAAUCGCAUCAUGAACGCCUUAGGCCAACCAAAUCCAGGUGUAAUCAAGGGUCUGCGUCUCAUAGCGGAGAAAAAGCCAGAUCUAUUAUUACAGGACGAAGUAACUCAUAUGAACUUAAUAACCAACUUACUGAGUGUUUCUGAACGGUUUGAUGUCAAUUCCGAUAUCGCCGUAUUGAAGGGGUUGUUGGAAACUCCUUCAACCGGAAGUUCUCGACUAUCCAGCCUCGUACAGCGAAGUAUUUCUACUGCUGAUUCGAGCUCGCUCACCGUCGACACUAUCGUCCAGCAAGUUGUUCAAAGUUGUGGUAUUAAUGCUGAGAAUAAUGGACAACUAGAAAAUUUGAUACCAGACACGAACAUAUGGAGGGAAGAAUUGGCUCUCUUUCUGCAAGAGACACCUAAUCAGUCUCUUGCUUUUACAAGUAUUAUCGGCGGUGCUUAUUUUCUUCCUACAUCCACAACAGCAACGCCAAAUACAUCUAUAAGAAGAGAUCGAGAUGGAUGUUCAAUCUCUGGGCGCAUGGCGCUAUAUAUCACCAAACUAUUAUCCUCGGGUUAUCAGCUCGACGCCCUGCCGCUUCCGAAGCGGGUGGAGGUUGUGAUAUAUCUAAGCCUGACCGUAGGGUUAGUAACAGAUCAAAUAACAGUGAAGAGCGAAAAUCAGAUUUGGAGUUCGCUUUCUUCCGAGACUUCACUAUCAGAUGCAGAAGAAUUAGUUUCGUCUGCGCGGAAGUUCAUUAUCGAUAUGACAGAGGAUGCAGCAAAUUGGAGGGAUGGCUCCAACACGGAACAGUCGCGGUUGAUGUACGACAUCAUACGCACGUUACUCAACGAGUCAAGAUCCUUAACACCUAUGGGUCUAUAUUACGCGCGGGCCUUAAGUGAACUUCUUCAAGCAUUGGCAGAGAAAUACGGCUUUCCAUCUAGUGGAGAGCAAUGGUUAACAGAUUUAGACAUACUAAAGAACAACGCCUCCACUGUUUUCCCUGCCAUCGCAAUCCUCAGUGGUCUGGGCGAAGCGCUUUCGGCUUCAAGGGUUGUCAACAACUUUUGCAACCGCCUAGUCAGCGAUAUUGCGGGAGCGAACCUCGGCCAGGAGAAAAGCCUGACCACGCUCGUGCUUCUCAACGCUUGUACGCAGAUAUUUGAUAUCGGAGAGCUUCCAGUUGCGAACAACCGGCUGGUUUUUGCAGUUAAGCAAAUUACAUCAUGGAUAGACACUCCAGAAGAAGUUGACUACCGUUUCGCAGCAGAAGCUUGUCGUAGCCUCCAGCGCCUACUCCCAUGCGUCAAGGACGUCUAUGGUCCCUAUUGGCAAAAGGCCAUUGAUUUUUGCCUGUACCUCUGGACGAAACCGAUGACCGGAACACUCGAUUGUCGACUACCCGAAAUCCACGCUUCCCUUCGCCUGUUUAUCACAUUACAAUCGCUAGAAGAACCCAAUGACGACCUUGUUGAUAUUUUGCAAGAAUCCUCAGAGAAAAGGUCGGCUGCACUAAUUGAGCUGCUCAAACUUCCUAGGGACAUAGGUACGCAACCCUUGGAGAUCGUCGACUCGAUUAUCUGCCGCCUAGUAGAGAAGCUUCCUCUACAUCACAUCAAGGACCUCUCGGAGUUAUAUGGGUUAGUAGCAAGCGACUCGCGGGGCAUCCAAACGGCAGCGUUUAGCAUUCUCCACAAAGCGCUCCCUGCCGCCCAGGAGGAUCUAUCACUGGACGUAUUAAUAGAGAAGAAAGAAGCUCGACUUCCAGACGAAUUGUUAUCUCUUCUUCUUGAUGCCCCAACGCUCGAAAAGUACUCGGAUGAAGCGCUUGGUCGCUUCCCAUUGCUAGUUCGCUGCUAUCUUCUUUCGUGGCAUCUAGUAUUUGACUCUUUCGGGGCUGCGGCAUUUAAAGUACGCAGCGACUACGCAGAGAACCUGAAAGCUGCAAACUAUGUUGGCCCACUGAUGGAAUUUACUUUCGAUGUUCUAGGUCAUUCCGCAGCUCAUCCGCUGAAUUUAGAGAAGGCUGGUUUUACGAAGGAGCACAUUAAAGAGUAUGACAUCAAGCUUGCCGAAGCCGAAACUGAAGAAAGAAACAUGCAGUGGCUCCUCAUCCAUUUAUUCUAUCUAGUAUUAAAAUACAUUCCCAGUCUCUUCAAAGCAUGGUACAUGGAAUGCAGAUCCAAGCAGACCAAGAUUGCGGUCGAAGGAUGGAUGACGGAGUUUUUCUCCCCUAUCAUCAUAUCAGAGGCGUUGGACGACGUUAUUAAAUGGGAUACAACUCAGGAGACACCUGCGGAUGGCGAAAACAAGUUAAUUGUCAGAGUUAGCCGUGCUGCUAAAGAGGUUACUGCAGGCUACGAGGUAGAUGAGCUACAGGCGUCGAUUGCGAUACGGAUCCCGCAGGAGUUUCCUCUUGAGAAUGUUUCGGUAUCAGGGGUGAACCGUGUUGCAGUUAACGAAAGGAAAUGGCAGAGUUGGAUCAUGACGACACAGGCCGUGAUCACAUUUUCGGGUGGCAGCAUUAUCGAUGGCCUGACGACCUUCCGCCGUAAUAUAGUGGGCGCCAUGAAAGGGCAAACCGAAUGCGCCAUUUGCUAUAGCAUCAUCAGCAGCGAUAAGAAGACGCCGGAUAAGCGCUGCCAGACGUGCAAGAACCUGUUCCACCGGACCUGUCUUUACAAGUGGUUCCAAAGCAGCAACCAGAACACUUGCCCCCUGUGUCGCAACCCGAUAGACUAUCUGGGAUCGGAUAGGAGAGCGGCGCGAAAUACUUGACGAAAGGGAAACAGAACAAGCCAGUUCCAAGCCACUCUGUAAAAGAGACAAACGGAUUAAAUGUAUAUUGGUGAGGCCAUGGUAAUAAUACAGGUAGUUAACGCCUAAUAUUCCGUGUCAUUAUAUUCGGUACCUCUGCUGGUCACCUUUGCUGGUAAAAUUGUGAAUUUUAGCUCUAUGAUACUUACCUAGGUAGCUACUCUAGCUAUUCUAUUCUAGGUUCUUGACGCCAAUGAACAAUUGAAACGGAGGAGAACCGGUUAGAAUUGAGUUGGCAGUAAUCUCGUUUUUCCCCAGAGCUUUUCCACAUGCGGACCAACAGUUAAAUAUACAUACCUCCUACAUGUAUGAAUUCUCA